CCCCUUCCAUCUUUCUUCUUUCAUAAAAACCCCCAUUCGCCUCCGAACAACUAAAAACACAUCUUGAUUCCUGAUCUUGACUCCCUCGUCGUCUUCAUUUCCGUACAUCCUCGCCACCUCAUAAAACGAAGCAUAACGAACACAACACACCUCGUCACACUCCCCAGAUCUCGCCACCUCAACUCACCUUGUUGGAGAAACAGCUGUCCUCACAACUCGAACUCUCGAUCCCAUAAACAAGCCCAACAAACGUCGGCAACCACACCCACGAAACCACCACAAAACCAACCCACAACCACCAACAACUCCCGCUCACCACUCUCUCCAACCAACAACAUGGUGUCUCUCUCGCGCUCCAGCUCCGCCUCGCCCGAGCCCUCCGAGACAAUGCAGAUCUUCAUCAAGAACCUCAGCGGCGACAUCAUCCCCCUCACCGUCCCCGUCGACAUCUCCCUCUCGCACAUCAAGACCCUCCUCUCCCUCCGCACCUCCCUCCCAACGACAUCCCUCAACCUCGUCCACGCCGGCAAACACCUGCCCUCCUCCGACGCGCCCCUCACCGCCCACGGCAUCAAGCCCGAAUCCACACUCCACCUCGUCGUGCCGAUGCGCGGCGGCAUGCCGCCUAAGAAGAUCCGCUGCACGCACAAGGAGUGUAAGGAGGUCGCGCAGCGCAUCGUGGGGGAUUGCGGGUUCUGCAAUGGCCAUUUCUGCGGGAAGCACCGCCUCUUGGAGGACCAUAAGUGCACAGGGCUGGAAGACUGCAAGAAGGAAUCUCACGACCGCAACGCAGCGCAGCUGAACUCGGAGCGCACUACUGUGAUUAAAGGCAUAUAGAUCGUCCCAUUCCGCUCGGUUUAGAAAGCAUCCGAAGGCGAGAACGAUUCACAAACCGCAUCAAGGAGACCAGGCGCAAUCUUUGUAUAUAACUUUUUGACUUCGCGGGACCAUUUUCGGCCCCGUUUUUUUGCUGCUGGGGUUUUGUUGGGAAAGCGGGUGUAGGGAGCGUAUGAGUCGGCGCUUUUUUGGGGGGGAGGGGUGUUAUUUUCUGGUUUUUUUGUUUGGUAUUUUUUUUUGGGGGGGGGGAGAUGAUAAGGGGCAUUUUCGCGGCGUACUGAUAUUUUUGGUGCGUUGUUUGGUUAGAUUUGAGAGGUUAGGUAGACUACCUAUUUCAUGCCAUCAUCCAUGCCUCUUUUUGACUGCUGUGAGAUGGGCCGGUGUAUGGAGUUGAAAAUAAGAGAGAGAAUGGCUUGGAGACGGGAAAUAGAAAAUGAUGGGACAGGAUAUAAUUAUCAGGUUCCAAUAUUGAGGAAUUGGAGGAAG